AUGUCCGAAGAUUUCCCCGUCGUCUUCACUAUCGGCAAUUCGUCGUCCAGGCACGAGAUCAUGCUCAUUAAUGCUGGACUUGGUAUCAAGAAUCUCAGCGAUCGCAUUCAGGAGCUUGCUUCGUCAUCUGUCAACUGUGCCGAAGCCCUGGCUAAAUACAAGAAGAAGAGCGAAGCCGAAAAGGUGACCGAGAUUAAGGUCCGUUGGGCAGCCGAAGGAAGAGAUAGCAAGCUCUUUCCCAAGACCACCACUCUCACUGGCGAGAACUGCAAGGCUGUCCUCUCUCUAAUCAGCCUGCACGGAGGAAAGGAUGUUCUGGAAGUCACACUCCAAGCACCUCCAUCAUCUGCCGAAGACUCAAAGGAUUCCCGGGAAUCGAAAGAGUAG